GAACUCUCCCUCCCCUUCCUCAUUCUCCCGCCAUACCAUACAUACUCCCACGCACGCGCUCACGCACGCAUCGAACCGCUUCGGCCAUGUCUCCGUAGCCUCCUACGAUGAGAGAGGCGCCCGCGCGGUUCAGCUCAUGGACGCCAUGUUCGCGCUCGCGGCGGGGCCCCGGGCGCGUGUCCUGGAGCGCGCAGCGGCCCGCAUCCCCGGUUGCCUUUACGUCUGCCUCUGGGCGCCGGUGAUGCCCGGCCAGCUCUCUUCCAGCCAUUUGUUCUGCUUGGACGCUUGAAUCGGCAACGGCGGCGGCAGCUGUCGCGGUGAUCGCGCACGGGCGGUGUUCGAGGCGUACCGGGGAGCGCUGUGCACCGUCAUAAGCGGUCAAGUUUGCAGCUGCGUGCCCGGGUGGGCGUACAAGGACGGCCGCGCAUACAUGGAGCUGCCGGAGCCAGACCUCACGGCGUCGGCAUCGCUGCAGAUGCAGCAGCAGUUUUACCAUGAAGCCGGCACGAAGAUGGCGGUGUUCAUGGGAUGCGACAGCGGUGAGAUCGAGAUUGGGCUGUCGAACACCUCGACGCCGGCCGUGGCGGACCACGCGCAGCAGUCGCUCCUGGAGGACCUCAUGCACGUGACGCCGAUGCGGCCGUCGUCCUCGUCUUCCUCUCUGCCGUCCCUCUCCAUCGAAAGCCCCGAGUACUCCUCGCUCAUCCACUCGAUGGCGACGACGGUCGCUGCGGCCACCGAGCCAUCUUCGCAAGAACGGCAGCUGCUGCCACUGCAGCCGGCGGUGCAGCUGCCCGGAUUGCUCGCGCCGGUCUACGGCCACGCCCCGUUCCCGAGCGCCGAGGCCACCGACGCCGCGAUGGCGCAGGCAAUUCUGGCGGUCAUAUCCUCCUCCGCGCCGCCGGCGCCGACCACAACCGCCACGCCUCCGCUUUCCCCUCCGUGGCUAGCCCGCCACCGCGCGCAGCGCUCGUCACCGCGGCGGGGGACGGGGGCGUUCAAGGCGUACAACGCGGCGCUCUCGCCAAGGGCGCGGCCGCGGCCGCGGCCGGGCGCGCCGGGGCAGAGGAUGAUCAAGACGGCCCUCGCGCUCAUGGUGAGCGUGCACAUGGCAACGGCGCAAAGUCGCCUUUACCGGGAGCUCGCAGCGGCGCGCCAGCAGGAGCAUGUCGCAGCCGCAAAGUCGGAACCGCCGUUGCCACCACAACCCACCAGCAGCCAGCUUCACCACAUGAUCUCGGAGCGGCGGCGGCGCGAGCGGCUCAACGAGAGCUUCCAGACUCUCAGAGCACUGCUCCCUCCCGGAUCAAAGAAGGAUCAGGCCACGGUUCUUGCCAACGCGACGGAGUACAUGAACAAGCUGAUCGCCCAAGUGUCCAACCUCGAGGAGAACAAUCGGCGGUUAGAAGCGGAGCUUGGCCUGCCCGGCCAGACCCAGCAAACCGAAAGCGACGACUCGUCGGAGAGAGUGCAAGUUGAUGUAACCACCGGCGCGUCAGCAUCGACCUCGACGUCAGAUAAGCCUCGAGAGGUGAGCAUUAGAGUGACGGUGCGGGUGGACUGCGACCUGCCGGAGCUAGUGAUUGCUAUGCUCGCGCGGAUCAAAGAGAUGGGGCGCUUCGCCGUGGUGACCGUCAGUGCCCGGCAACGGAGCAGCGCCCAUGCACAAGUCAGCAUCACAUUGCGAGUUGCGGCUGGCGAGGACGAGCUCGACCAGACAUCCCUGAAGGAAGCUGUGGCGAAGGUUGUCGAGGAUGCGGUGACAAGACCGAUCGCCGGCGCCGCCAGGGUCGCCGUAGGCUGGGACCCGCCGCGAUGGAGCCUUUCUAGCUGAGCUAGCACAUCAGUGUUGACCGGAUCAGGGCAGGAGAUAUAUAGAGACUGUGUGGUGGCAGUGGACUGUCUGUUUUAAUUUCCUUCGGUCUUUUUCUGUGUCUCGUGCUAAUUCAGGUAAAGAUUGGUUAGGACUUGUGUUUGUAGUGUUAAGAUUAGGAUUCAAGAGAGAGAUAAGUACGUACCGGAGUGAUUAGAUUAGCUAUCUAGUGUAGUCUUCAUAUUGGUGUUAUUUGUCUAUGUAAUAUUAAAUGUUGUCAGGUCAUCUUCAAUAAAUACUU